AUGCAAGUGAUGAUGAAUUGGAAUCUAAACAAGUUAAUUGGAUCCGACGGAAAAAAGAGUAACAAGUCACAUUAUCUAGAAGAUGGGCGAGAUCAACAAGAGGUACUGAAACUCAUUUCAUCUUGGAAUAUCCGAGUUUGGGAAUCUGGUGGAAUAACAAGGCUCUCAAGGAAGUUAUUGGCCUACUUGGAUGUUUAUAACAUGAAGUUUGAAGCACAAAUGGAAGAAAGGAUUUGUGAGAGAGGUAUAAAAAAUAUGAUUCAAGAAGAAGAUUCAAGUUCAGCCAAGGAAACAAAACAAGAAGCUUAUCAUCUGGUUGAAGUAAUGAAUUGGAAUCCAAAGAAGUUCAAGGCCGUUGACAGAAAGAUGAGUCAUUGCGAUGCUAGUGUUCUGAGUCUAACCAAUGGAGCUGGAAUUGAUGAGAAACAACGUUUUGAAUCUGGGAGAGCGAAUCACGUGGGGAAGCCAGGAAGAUUUAUAUGUGUUAAUGCUUAA